AUGCCAUCAGCGUAUCAAUAUGGCUCUCCCGAUGUGGGGGAGUCUUUUCCACUAACAGUUUCAACCGACAAGAACCUUUCAUUCAGCUCCAGUUUGGAAGAUGAUCAAAGCGAGAUCUCGUUUCCACUCUAUCCUCAUCCAGUGAAGCCAAAGCAGCUAGUAGGCACGAAUACAUACUUUGUUCCUUCCUUGUGGGCUACCCCUGUCAAGAGUUUUUCGUCGAGAGUCAAAGAAUAUCAACGCGAAAAUACACCGCUGACAAUGCCAUCGCUCGACGAUCAUUCUGUGGACUCUUCUGUGUCAGCUUCUUUACGACACACUGACGAACUGGAUGAUGACGACCUGAAGGUUCGUUUGGCACUAGAUUAUCUGAAUCUACAACACUUAUCGCCUGCAAAUAAUACACAACUGCAAAAGAGCAAGACAGAAGUCUUCCUACACACAUUUUGUCCUAAAUUUGUAUUGGAAGUGAUGGGAGGUUCUGGUGCGGUGUGGGGAUUCUCUGAGGCCAUUGGACUGCGGACUGCACUGUCUUUGUGGUUUUGGAAACCGGUCAGCUUGUUUGCGGGUGCACUCUUUUUCAUCCGAUGGCUCCAACAGUUGCAAGAAUUCAGUAGGCUGCAUGAUCGUCGCGCCAAACGAAGAUCUACAGUGGAAGGUGGAAUGGCAGCUAUCGGCGUAUUCCACGAAGAUGUCUGA